UUUUGUUUUCGUUUGUUGGCCGUCACGCUCUUGUGUACAGGGAAAGCGACGAGAGGCGAUACAGUAUUGGACGGGGACGGGAACGGGGAAAACCAGGUUCGCACAUACCCAAUCCUCAUCGUCGCCACACUCUCGCCUCAUCUCAAAACCCUAACCCUAAUCUUCUCUCCCACCGUCUCCUUCGCGCACGUCCAGGGGUUUCCAUCUUCUUCGAACUACAUUGCCGCUCCAGAUGCAGUCAAUUCGGUGGCUUGGUUGGGCGUUUUUGUAUGCAACAUAUGCAGGGAAGAGAGAGUGUUGAUCAGCGGGCCAUAGACUUUGCAAAUGGCAUGCUAUACAGCUAUACCAUUGCAUACCAAGCUGCAUCUGCGUGGAAAUUUAGUUUCAAACGGAUGCUUUCUGCCGCACUUGGUGAACGUAAGAAUACAAAGGAGUUCCUGUCAAAGUUUGAGAGUUGUACGGUUCUCUUCAGGGGAUGCUUGCAAGUUCAGUUCUUUGUGCAUGGUGUUUCCAAAAGUAAAUCCUUGCGCCAAGGAUGGUUCCAUGAGGUGUUAUUGCUUGGGAACUUGGAUAAAUACUAAUGGUGCCACAUUCUCUGAAUGGGUUCCUGUGGUCGAUCAAGUGCUUUUAAUGGCCAGUAUAUUCCUUACUUAUAUGGCUGGAGUAAUACCUGCUCGGAAGUUGCUUUCAAGUUCUCGAAAGAGAAUUUCGCUUGACGAUACACUAUCUGGAGAUGCUUUGCUUUCUGAAAUUGUUUGCAGAGCUGCUGAGAAUGACAAUGAAGAGGCCAACUUAAGCCUUCCCUGGGAGAUCGUGGAAGAGAAACUUAUGGAUGCUCUCAAUGCUGUUGAGCAGAGGCGUAAAAUGGGAACUGGAUUUAAAUUUGAACAAGACCUUUCAAAGCGACCUUCAAGUUUGUAUGCUGUUGACGAGGGUCCUAGGUUUCGGUUGCUGUGGGCUUCUUUUCAGUGGCUGAAGAAAGAGGUGGAUAAUGUGUCUGCAAUGUCUGCUUCUGUGAGCAGGAAUGAUUGGUCAACAGUUCUCUCUGAAGUUCUCCAGAAGUCCUGUCAACCUGUAUGCGUAGCUUGGCUGGAACAAGAACUUUGCUUGAAAAGCAGUAUACCUGAUAAGGAACUUCUUUCUACAAUUGUGGAAAAGUUAACGGGAGAGGCAACUAUUUUACAAAAUGUUAUAAAUUCAGGCAAGGAGGAUCUUUAUUCUGAAUUAGCACAAUUUCUCAUAUUUGGUUCUCUCAGGGAGGGUUGCUGUUAUGAUUGUAACUUGUUUACCCAGUAUGGGGUUGACAUAUUAGAAGAUUUGGUUAUUACAUUGGCAGAUGCAAUUGCAAGCUUGUAUUCGGAGCUUAUCUCUGUCGAUGGUAACAUGUCAAAUGAAAUUAAUUCUAUUGGCUUGAUGAUGUGUACUUUGUCCACUCGAGAACUUCAGAAAUUACGCAAUGAGGUGGCGUUGAACCAGUGGUUGCAUCAGAACAUGGAGGCAGUUGUGUCGAUGUAUGAAGAUCGUUUUGACUUACGCACACUUCAGAGCCAACUAAUUGAGGGACCAAGCAAAACGAAUACAGAUAAUUUUAGUUGGUGGAAGAGGCUUACUCUGAGGAAAUCUGAGUCUGUGGCAUUUCCAUUGCAUUACGUUGUGAUCAACGACAUCUCCAUAACGGUUAAGCGGACCAAAGAAUUAAGGGCUUUGACUGGGUGGAGGUACUACUACAGCCUCUUUCUUGAGUUAGCAGAUAUAACAAUGCCAGUGAUUAGAACUGUUUUUAAAAAAGUCAGUGAUGCCAUUUCAUUCUUUCUGGUCUGCUUAAUUGGACGGUCACUAGGACUUAUCUACACUGGGAUAAGGCAGUCACUGCGGUGGAAAUGAUAUAUGCAAAGGUGCUCUUUUUCAGUUUCUUUUCCCUUUUCACAUUCCGUCUUUUUCUUGGUUGUUUGGUAAUGACCUUGAUAUAGGACAGGCUUGUAAAAAACUCUUAGUAAAUUCUUCUUUGUUUGCCUGCCUCUUUAAACAUCUUCAAAUCCACUGGUUAUUUCUGAUGAUUGGUCAAUUUUGGGAGUUAACCCUGGAAUU